AAAAUAAUAACCAAAAUACCCAAAAACCCAUACCCACUUUGUGCUCUCCACGGCUCCACCUCCGAGGCUCCAAACCCUAUAGCUCUGAAUCCCAGACCCAAAACCCCAAAAGGGUUUUAUGGUUUUUCAAGCUCAGUGUAUUUGUUGAAGAAAGUUGAAAGUUUGAGAGAAAGAGAGAGAGAGAGAGAGAGAGAGAGAAUGGAGGAAGUGGUGGGUGAGAGAGACGAGUAUACUUUAGUGGUGAGAAAGCCCUGUUUCGGUCUCCCAACUGCUUGCCCUUCAUGCUUGCCUGCCUAUUUCUACCUUAAAUUUUCAAAUCUUCCAUUUAACUUGGAUUUCAAUCUUAUAUACCCCGACUCUGAUCGAAUUCCUUAUGUUGAGUCUGGUGAUUAUGUGGCCUAUAAUAAUGAAAAAGGUGGGGUCAUUGAACGACUAAAGGGGGAUGGCAUUGUUGAUUUGGACAUUGAGCUUUAUUCAGUCCCAGAAUGGAUAUCUUUAACUGCAAUGAUUAGCACCUGGCUUGCAGAUGCACUCGUGUAUGAACUCUGGGUGGGAAGUGAUGGUGGUUCUGUUGAGAAGAUUUAUUAUUCAGAUCUCCCAUGGCCGAUAGGAAAGAUGCUAUUGUUCAAGCAAAUUUUCAAUGUAAAGCAGCAACUUGGAAUUACUAAAGACAAUGCUGAGCAAAAAGAGGAAGAGAUCUACAGAAAAGCAAACAUUGCAUAUGGAGCUCUGUCAACUAGGCUUGGCGAGCAGAAGUUUUUCUUUGAAAACAGGCCAUCAAGUUUGGAUGCUAUCUUUCUUGGGCAGACACUUAUUACUCUUCAAGUUUUACCAGAAACAUCAUUACUGCGGAGCAAACUCUUAGAGCAUGAUAACCUUGUAAAAUAUGCUGAAAGGCUGAAGACAGAGUUUGUAGAUGCUAGUUCUUCGUCUUCUGUCCCCCAUUUUCAUGCAGAAUCCUCAUCAUCUGCCCCAAGAAGAGGUCCUCCAAAAUGGAGUUCUAAGCCCAAAACUAAACCCAAAAGAGAAAAAACAAAGGAGGAGAAAACUUUUAGAAGAAGAGCCAAAUAUUUUGUGGUAACACAGCUCGUUUCGGUUCUACUUUUCCUCACUCUUAUGGGUAGACCUGAUGAUGUUGAAGUUGAGCUUGAUGAUGAUGAUGAGAGUUAUGAGUAAAACAACUAAGACAAACUCUCGUUACACCAAAUGACAUUUUGGAUAGGAGCAUUUGGUUCUUUCAUCAAUAGGAUGAUUUUAUCUGUUCUUUCAUUUUUGUAACAUGAUGGAAAUUUUGAGAAUAAAAGGUCCACAAGAAAUUAUUAGAUUACAUGAUUUAUGCAAUAGAUGAAAUUACACCCACUUUGGGUGGUUAGGAGAGAUAUUCCUUGUAUUUGUAGUGCAUGCAGUUUGUUUGCAUUUACCAAGACUGAACCUCCAAAAAUUGAUAUUUCAGGUAUUGGGCUUCA